AGUGGGGGAGUUUAUUCAGUGUCUCACACGAGGGGACGAGACAGUAGAAACCUCAGCUCACCUGCUCUCCUCUCGCCUCCCAUCAUCUUCUCCUCAUUGUAACCAGGACUGGACUUUUAUCUCCCAGCUGCAGGAUUUCACACCGCCUGGUCCUUCUUCUCUUUAAUAAUCAGCGUUAAUGGAUUUUUGGGACACAGCAUGGAUUACUCAAAUCCCAGCCAAACAAAAGGAUGCAGCACUCUCGGGAAGAACAAGAGAGAAAGAGAGGGAUGAUACAGUACCAUACUCUUUCAUUUCAUGACUUACUAUCCUGUUUUCAGUCUUUUAUAGUCCAAAGAUUGAGGCGGUUUCAUUAGCCGGGUGUGUGGAUGCCAUUAAGUCCGAGGAAUACUUUUAAGACUGUUGCAUCUCACUUUUCAUCACUUUCUUCUCAUUACUUCUUUCUAUAAACUAUUUGAAGCUAUCGCAAGCGAGGCCGUCCAUACAACAGACUGGUUUAUUUGCACGGGUUAACGGUUGACCUAUGGUGUGUAUGUGUGGUAGGAGGGCAACGCCUGUAAAUGUCUCCGAGUGCUCUCGGUCUGUCUGGCACGUUACUGCAGCAUGAAUGACUAGCCUGAAAUUUUUAACAGCAGGGUGCAUGAAACAGCACGACCGCCUUUGACAGUUUAAUGAGGUUAACGUCACGUGUUAAAAUCACAAACCUGUUUUGUUGAGAGUUGACAUUUGUGCAGACAAUAAGAGUAGCGCUUGAAUAAUUCAGUUUCUGCUUUCCAUGAUUUUGCAGCUCUACAGAAAAGACAUAGUAGUACAGGAUAAUAAUAGAAACGUUGUGUCUACUAUUAAUGUUUUGAUUGAGAGCAUCAUGUAGGGAUUUUUCUAGCAAACUCACUGUGAAGUGAUGAUAAAGUUUAAGGAGAGCAAAGACGCACAGUAACAAAAACAAAACAGAUACCCGGAGAUCAAACCUGUACAUUAUGGGGCGGUUUCCAUGGGGCUUACCAAAGUCUGAGACUAAAAUGCACGUUUGAGCUGCCUUAAUUUAAAAACACCAUAUAUCAGUGCCAUUGUUUUUCUCAAGAUGCACACCAGUAUGUAUUUUAGUUAUGUCCUAAGGUCUAUUCCUGGAUUUAACUAAACCCUGUCCAGGAAACUAAAAACAAACAAAGUUAAUGCAAAUUUGUUUAACAUUGAAGAACGGCUGGCCGGUAAAGCUUACGCCAAAGACGCCUGCGUCAGAUCCGAGUCUGCGAUUGGAUAAAGAUUUAUACGCACCUUCACACAGCUUGCCUUUCAAUUGACCCAACCCUGCAGCAAAGUGUGCCAGCAGGACAGCACGUGUCUAACAAUGACACAAAGCAGGAGCUUUAACGCACUGUAUCUCAAUACAUCUCCAAACCCAAUGUCUGAUAAUUAGAUUUCACAAACCACUGAGCACCAAAGGCGUCCAACUGUUACCUUAUUAAGAGAGAGAUAUUGAUUUAUCUGUGACAGACCACCAGUGACCACCAUUAAAGCAGCGUGUUGUUUAAUUGAAUUUUCUUUCAUACAUCAAAAUUGGGUGAAUAUUGGACAAACUCGGAUAAAAAUGCGUCCAGAAGUUCAUACGCUCAGUCAGGACGCACACAUAUAAAACAUCUUCUGUGUUGAGUCAGGAUUGUAUGGCAAACGUCCGGUGUGUUGACUUUUGCGGAUGGGCAAUUUGUUUGCUAUUUCUACAUUAUUCAUGUUUACGUAUUGAGGUAUAGAGAUUCGGGUUCCCUCUAGUAUCAAUUUAAUUUAUGGUUUUAUGUGCAACCAUUUUUCCAAUUUACCCAGCAGUAUUUAUUGAACUCAUGCUGAGUCUUUGAAAAAUGAGAGACUGAAAGCGAACACCCGUGUGAAGGUGCGGAGACACGUCUAAAGAAGAUAUAGAAACUGCUUUCACAGUGAACACAAAACACCUGAAGCUGGUGUAAAAAAAAUACUUUUCUUCUGUAUAGACGGAUGAAUUCGAGAAAACUGCUUACCUUUGAUUUCAUAAAUAUAUGUGCGAGAAAAUCUAAAGCUCCAGCUCUUAGUGUGUGACAAAACCAUUAGCAGAUGAUGCUUUGGAUGUGAGAGCAGUUUUUCUGCUGCAGUGGUCAAAGGAAGAUAAAUUAUCAGUGGUUUUGCAAAACAGCAAUUUUCUUCCUUUCUUAGAAAGGUUUUGCAUUUACAGCGCUCCCCAUUGACUGAAAAUGAUUGUUCGUCCAAUCAAUGCCUUCCUGAAAAACUGAAUGUUUAUAUGCAGCGUUCACUGAUUUAGAAAUCAUUCAGAUGUAAUCCCAGUAAAAGCACAGAAGGACGUGGCUUUGAUGAAAUACUGUCGUGAGUAUGAAUUAAGCACAUCAAUGUGAUGAAACGUUACAUUUGAAGCACAAAUGGAGCUCACGCUGCACAACAGACUUGAGAUAUGACACUGUGGGCUUUUUUUACAAUCAAAGAAAGGGUCAGGAGGCUCAUUUGUUACGUUUUACAUGGAUGGUGGAAAAGCUUGUUAAUGGACUCUUUUAAGACAUGUACCAUCUCUGAACAUUUACUUGAAGGUGAUUUAAACUUGAUGUGGAUCCAAGAAAGUUUUUUGCCCAUGAGUGGAAAGUGGGAUCAUAGCCACUGCAAGAGUCAGCCGUAUGAUACUGCAUCCCGACUCGUACAGCUCUUCCUCGACAGACAGCUACAGGUGAUCUGAAGGAGUUUGGGGCUGGAGAUCAGACGUCAGGAUGGGUUGUAAUAUGUGUGUGGUGCAGAAGCCUGAAGAACAAUACCGGGUCAUGUUUCAGGUGAACAGUAAAGGUUUACCUCAACUCUCUGAGGAUCAGAUGAUUCGCUGCAGACGUAAUGUGAGGUGGACUCACCGAAGGAGAACAGCAGGUGUGACCGGAGAUUCUGGCUCCACCAUUACAAUGACUGACUGCGUGGACAGCGGGACACAGACAGAUAUCAGUUUCCAGCACAUGGUGACCUUAGGCAGAUCUGUCCAUCACAACAGACCUGAAUCACCUCCUUCACCUCCACUCCCACCUGUACCAGUGUCUUACCUCUUUAACCAGAUUCCACCUAUAGAUCACGUGUACUAUGACCCAACAGAUUAUUUUGACAUCAGUCAACACGAGGUGGACAGACCGGACGAUCUUGAGUAUGAGGAGGUGGAGCUGUAUAAAUCUUGUCAGCAAGAUAAAUUAGGUUUAACAGUGUGCUAUCGUACGGAUGAUGAAGAAGAUCUGGGUAUCUAUGUGGGUGAGGUGAACCCCAAUAGCAUUGCUGCUAAAGAUGGAAGAAUCCGUGAGGGAGACCGAAUACUACAGAUAAAUGGAGUAGACGUUGAGAACAGAGAGGAAGCAGUAGCCAUCCUAACCAGAGAAGAUAGCACCAAUAUCUCUCUACUGCUGGCACGACCAGACAUCGAGAAUGAAGCAGAUGAUCUGGAUUUAGAGUUGGAUGUGAGCCUGGAUCUAGAGGACCUGGACAAUGUCUCGAAUAUACCCAGCCCUCAGCACCAUAGGAAAACCAGCACUUUGCUGGGUGACAUCAGUGGGAGUCGAGGUGGUCGGCCCAACUUGUGGCAGACUGCCCUCAAUAACAGCCAGGAACUGGACAGCGGGGUGGGUCGCACAGAUGAAAGCACACGUUGCGAGGAGUCCUCCGAGCAUGACCUACUGGCUGAUGACGCCACCAGCGCAUGCACGACCGAUGCCACAAACACACCUGGCAGCACGCGCAAGUUUCAUGCCGUACCGCACGGAUGGGAAUUCCAUUACAGUAAUGACUCACUACUGGGGCCGGAUGGGGUGGGACCUGCGGAUCAUGGUGCUCCAGAAUCAGGGACAGGCAGAGUUCUAAUGCCAGGUCUAACGGAGGAGGAAUAUGAACAUUACCGCAAGUUAUUGGAGAUUCGAUGCCUUUAUGAGAAGAACGGAUGUGCGUUUCUAUUGGACAAGAGGAACCACAGUACAGUAGGAUGUGAUCCUGCAGCAGGAGUUGCUCCUUUAGACAUGAACUGUAACGAGAGUCUGAUGCAGCACGAAAUUGCUCUUCUAGAGGAGGAAAUUCGACAUCUAGAGUUUAAGUGGCGCAACGUUUUGCGAGCUCAGAAGAUGCAGCAGUUGCGACAACGCUGCUUAAAGGUCUGGCCAGCUGACGAAGAAGGGGACGAAGAAGAUAAAGGAUCGAGGUCAAGGUGUGGAGGAGCAGAGGCGCUCCACCACGAACUGUCAGAUAUCAAUGAGAUCCCAGAAAGGGAGCGCUCUGACAAGGAGAGUACAAGCGCCUAUAAUACAGGCGGGGAAAGCUGCAGGAGCACGCCUUUGGCAAGUGACCGCUACCCUUCGCCAUCUGCCGCUGGGGAUUCUAGUGCCUCUGCAACCAUGCGACCUCGGCAACCACGUCACAGAACGGGUACGAGCAGGGAUAAGAACCUUAACUUACCUUCCUCAUCAGGUUCCAAAAGAAAGAAUGAAGAAACAGGAGACAGCAGGAACUCCAGUCCAGCAACAAGACUUCGGUCAUUACCUCGAAACGAUGGAAGCGGUAAGAAAGGUUUGGACGGAGCGCGACGAGGGUCUACUGGGAUAGUCAAAGGAGGAAGGAGUGCAGAGAACAGUCCGUACUUGUCCCGUCGCCGCUGCGGAACCACACUGCCUCCACGUUACCAGAGCUGCAUGCAGUUGAGGGAUGUGUCUGCCAAUGACAGCCCAGAAGUUAGGGACUCUGUAGAGGGUCCUGCUCACCCUAGUGCCAGGACUUGCGUAAAUAGAGAUUCGGCAGCCGCCCCUGAACCUUCUCUGAUUAUACCAGCACUACCUCCAUCUUCUCCUCGAAUGGAGUGGAAGGUAAAGAUCCGUAGCGAUGGUUCUCGUUACGUGGCCAAACGUCCAGUUAGAGACCGUUUGCUAAAGGCCAGGGCAAUGAAAAUUCGGGAGGAGCGUAGCGGAAUGACUACGGAUGACGAUGCGGUCAGUGAAAUGAAGAUGGGGCGGUACUGGAGCAAAGAGGAACGCAAGCAACAGCUGCUGAGAGCUCGUGAACAACGCCGCCGUCGCGAGUUCAUGAUCCAGAGCCGACUAGACUUCUUGCGAGAGAGAGAGAAGGAGCAAGAUUACGGAGCACAGGGACAAGCUUCCAUACUUGAGCUUAGCCAGAAAAAGAGCAUGAAGAAACGAAGCCGCCGCAUCCUGGAUAACUGGAUCACCAUUCAGGAGCUCCUGGCUCAUGGGACUCGUUCAGUAGAUGGAAAGAAAGUUUACAAUCCUUUGCUAUCUGUGACCACUGUUUGACAAGUGGAGUGGUGGUGACAAAAGCAGCCAUUCUGAGUUUAUUAAAGAAUGGGAGUUUUAACAUUCACAAAAUAAAAGCACAGAGGACAAAAUGAGAUAUGAUAAAGCCCAGAAUUAGAAAGCUUUAAACAGGAAAAUAAAGGUUUUGAUCUGCUAGUUCAAUCAAAAAAAAAAAGAUGAAAAUAGAUGCAAAUGUACAUCACAGAAAAGACAAAGGUAUAAAGCCAAAUGAAUGUAUAAAUGCCAACUCUACUCUUUUCCAAUCAAUUGUUUGGAUGCUUGAAAUUUUAUAAUGACAUGCACAGGUUGACUGUUACAAAGUAAAAAAGCUGGAGUCUUUGUAAAAGAAUCAUUUACUCUGGUUUGUAAACACCUUUUAAUCAAUCAAUGUGGGGGGAAAACACCAAAAAGCAUAAAUAUCAUUCUGAUCUCACAAUGCUUAAGAAUCUAACAGGUGGUUGACUAAAAUUAAGUUAGUCAAUCAUCAUGUCUUUAUUAUCUACAACUUACCUGUUAACUUGAGAUGAUGUAAAGCACAAGAAUCACUGAACCAUAGAAAAGCACACGGAAAACAAAAGUACACAAAUGAUCCAGCAUACAGUUAAUGUCAAACAUUUAUCAAACAUCUCAUAUAAUGAUUGUAUAUUUUUGGGAUUCGUUAGACAAUAUAAUCUCAAUAAAAUGUGCAUGUUGUUUGUAAAUGUUAAUGUUUGGUGAAAUUGUCAAGUGAAAUUGUAGCUGUGUGUCUAUUAAAGGCUACUUGUUGAAGGAAUGGUUAACCUCAAAAUGAAAAUUCUCCAAAACCAAAACCCAGUGUCUUAUGACUAGUUGUCGAAAGAUAUUUCUUGAUAAAACACACAAGAACCAGAUUUGAAGAUUCAAAGUUGUCGUCAGGCAGCCUUUUACAUAUUUAGGACUAGUUUGUUUUGGUUUCAUUUUUGCUAAAUAAGGUAAAAAUAAUAAAUUUUCACUCUCUCUCUCUCUCUCACACACACACACACACACACACAGUUCCUCUGGAGUUGUUUUUAUGAUGGACAGAUGUACUUUUUGGACCUUCCACAUGUUAGGUGCUAUAAAUGUACAUAAAGUGACAGAUAUACUUCUAAAAAAAGCUUUGCUGAAGAAAGGAGCUCAUGGCAUGAAAAUGGGUACAGUAAAUGAGAAUUUUACAUGUUUGAUUAGCUAUUCCUUCAACAGGAUGCUAAUAAGUUGUGUCCAAAUCUUCAUUUAACAUCUUGAAGUUAUAAAAUUACAGAAUGUCCUCCUAAAUGUUUUUGAAUAAAAUUUUUGCAACCUUAAUAUUAAACGCUUUAAUUCAUUAAUUGA